AAAUACACUUUUCCCCCCUUGCACUGCUUUUGUGUUCUUAUAUAAAGUCUCAGUAUUUUAACAAGGUCUGUCUAAAAGCUGAUCAUCAGCUGGUGUAAAUUCAUGGGGCUAUGCCAAUUUUACCAGCUGAGAAUUUGCCCCUUGAGGCCUGAUUGUGCAAACUCUUGUGCACACGAAUAGUCUCAGUGACCCCAAAAGGGUUUCAGCCCUUGAUCUGUGUCUCAUAUUUAUUGUUUAAAAAAACAUGUGUAGCUAUUUGUUAUGACAGAGUGUUCUACAUUCUGGCUCUCUCUGAAUAAAUGGCUGUGGGAUUGCUUGAUGCUGAGAGCGAAGUUAAAAAGGCUGCCAAAACGCUGCUCUUUUGAUCAGGAAAUAUUGCAGCUUUUAGCACAACGUUAUUACCACUGCUUAUUAGUAUAAAUUAAAUCAGUGAUAAAUUGUUUGCCUUGUAUGUGUACAUUGUAUAACUUGUUACCACAGUACUUAAGUGCAUUAAAGGUCUGCCCCAAAGCCCUUUCAACUCAGCGGAAAGACUCCCACUGACAGCAGGGGGCUUUAGAUCAGGUACUAAAUCUUAUUUGCACUGGUGCUUGCUUAAAAGGGGAGGUGAUGGGGGACUAAAGAUUUUCUACUUGCCAUAAAGCAUGUUGGUGAUUUGAUUUUCAGAGGUGUUGACCACCUGCAAUUCCUGUUGACUUCAUGGAGAGCUGCAGAUGCUGAGCAUUUCUGAAAAACUAGGCCAUUAGUGUAUAAUACUAUUCCACUUUAUAUCAUAAUUCAUAAACCUUCUUUUUGUCAUUAGAGACUACACUAAAGUGAUGGACGUUCAUUUUCUGCUCUUCUAGUACAGUCGUCUCCAAACUUUUUUGAUCAUGCACCCCUAUCAGUAAAAAAAAAACUUUGAGCAUGCACCCGCUGUCGUGCCGUAGCAAAACACAUCUUUUAAAUGGAUGUUUACAGAGAGAAGAAAGUGUUCCUAAAAAUAUCCUACAAAAAAAGAUGGAAAACAAAAUGUAUGAUGAAGUCUUCAGACUGUGUUAUAAAACAUGCUGGCGUGUACAGUACUGGCCUUGCAAUGGUGGGUGCAAUCUGUGAUUUCUGUGAAGCUUGGGUCUGCCAUGGUAGGAAGUGUCUCAGCACACAUGCUUGUAUCUGCCCUCUUGCAGAUGCAGAAUGCAUUGAGUGUGAAAGAGGUGUCUGGGAUCACGGAGGCAGAAUAUUCAGCUGCUCUUUUUGUCAUAAUUUCCUCUGCGAAGAUGAUCAGUUUGAGCAUCAAGCCAGCUGCCAGGUUUUGGAGGCAGAGACAUUUAAAUGUGUUUCCUGUAAUCGGCUUGGGCAGCAUUCAUGCCUGCGUUGUAAGGCUUGUUUCUGUGAUGAUCACACCCGAAGCAAGGUUUUUAAGCAAGAAAAGGGAAAAGAGCCUCCUUGCCCUAAAUGUGGGCAUGAAACUCAGGAGACAAAGGAUCUGAGCAUGUCAACACGCUCUCUGAAGUUUGGCCGGCAGACAGGAGGUGAAGAGGCAGAUGGAGCUUCUGGCUAUGAUGCCUACUGGAAGAACCUCUCAUCAGGCAAGGAUGGAGAUGCAGGUGACCAUGAUGACGAAUAUGAAGAGGAUGAAGCAGAGUAUGAUGAUGAGGAAGACAAUGAGGAGGGAGGGAAGGAUUCUGAAACAGAGACCACAGAUUUAUUCAGUAACUUGAAUUUAGGAAGGACCUAUGCUAGUGGUUAUGCCCACUAUGAAGAAUCUGAAGACUAAGAUUACGUAUUGGGGAGCGCUAUAGCAUUUGGAAGGAAUAAGUAUAGGAGUGCUUUAUGUGUGCCACUAGAAUAGCUCUACCAGGCACUUAAGCUUCAAAGUUUAUUAGGGAAAAAAGGGCAUGGAACUUCUGUAGAAACUCAAGGUGAGAUUUGUGUGUGUGGAAGGCAAGGGUGUGGAGAGGAAAAUAGAUAAAUGUUCAUAUUCAUGCAAGUAACCAAAGUGGUUUUGAUCUCACGAUUACUGAGGGUAAUAGCUUAAUGUCUUCUCCCCCACCGAGUUGGAGGGUAAAGGGAUUUGUUUCCAUCUGUUCAUCAGAAAUUAAGUUAUUUUUCUUGAGUAAUUUUGACUGUAAUUCUGUAAUCUGAUUUCGUAAAUUAUAUGUAGUGGUGUAAGUGGGUGGCUGUAUUUUUGGCCUACAAAAUAAAAGUCAGCAGCAUUCUGUAGUGAGUUUUCAUAAAUAUUGAUCUGGCCUGAGUACUUGGAAAGCACUUACUGCAGGCCUAUCAUGAGCCAAAUAUAAACUGACAUUAAAAUAACUUUACCAUUUCAUGUAGGCGAGGCAGAACAAUACAUUUCCCCAUAACAUAUUUCUUGAACAUUAUCAUUCCAUGCCUUUAUACAUCAAUCAUAGACAUUAUGUAUAGUCACCUACGCUGUCACCUACAUAAGAUCAAAAAGUUUAUUUAUCACAAUAAAAAUGUUAAUAUUCCUUCCUACCCAAUAAAAGCCAUCACUUUCUUUUA